AUGACCUCAUCAUCAGCCCUCUUCUCUGUUGUCCUGGCCCCCUGUGUUGGCCACAAGGAUUCAAUCAGGACGUUGUAUUUGAUCUCGGGUCCAGAUGUGUUGCAUGCUGGGACACCAACAUCCUUGGCCAUCACGGUUCUAUCAGACCUCCCUGGAAGGGUGACGGCUGAAUUGGCACAUGGCGACACCAGUGUAGCCCAAACAGAGGACUUCCAAGGAGGUCUGACCCAGGUCCUCACACUGCCUCCGAUUCCUGGCUCUAUAUCCCACAAUUCCCUCUUUAACCUGACCGUGAGAGGCUACAGGGGUGACAGUGUCAUAUUCACCAACAACACCACCCUCAGCUUCAACCUGAAAAACGUCUCCGUCUUUAUCCAAAUGGACAAAUCACGCUACCAACCAGGUGACAACAUCCGAGUCAGGAUUGUCUCAGUCCAGUUGGAUAACCGUCCGUACAAAGGCACAGUGGAUACCGCUGUAAAGGAUCCCAGUGGGAAAGUCGUGGACAGGUGGGCGCCCACAGGGAAUCUGGGGAUUGUGUUGCAGGAAUUCAGUUUAUCGCAGACGGCUCCUCUUGGACAGUGGACGUUCAUAACAACAGUGAAUGGGGUGACUAAAGAGAAAAUGUUCUCUGUGGAGCAUCAUGAGCGUCCUCAUUUCGAAGUGAUGCUAAAGACGCCGUCACGGAUCCUCGUUGGAGACGACAUCUCAGGAACAGUCAGAGCACUAUACCCCAGUGGAAAACCUGUACAGGGGACAUUAUCUGUCUCUGUCUCUCUGGCACCUGAAACUAUGCCUGCAGCUUCUGAGGACAAGUUGACACAAACCAAAGAGAUCUAUGGGUCAACACAGUUUUUCUUCAGCAAAGAUCAAGUUCAAACCCUCCACGCUUCAUCGGGAAGUAGCAGCGAUACCAGAGUGCACGUUGCAGUUUGUGUUACUAGCAAUUUGAAAGGAUCUAAAGUGAACAAAACGGUUGAAGUCCACCUCAUGAGGAACACAUAUCAGCUCACCUUCCAUGAUUUCCCAUCGACCCUCAGACCAUCUUUACACUUCUAUACAAAACUGAGGAUCACUAGAUACGACAGAAAGCCCCUGAGCUUGCAGGAUCGAAUCCACUUGGCUGCGUUUGAGGUCGAUCAGACGCUUAUACUGAACUCGACCAAGUCCACAACUCUGAUGUUACCAGUGCCCGAGGACGGGGACGUCCACAUUAAGCUUGAGUUACAAGCUCAAGUGGAGAUGCUUUUUAUUCGGGCCAGAUUCAAGUCCAGUGAGGUGACUCUGAAGAUCUACAACAACCAUGUUUCUCCCAAUGGUUCAUAUAUUCAGAUCACGCCAAUAACUGCCUUGCCUGCCCAGGUUGGAUCGCCUCUUCAAAUAGAAGUGGAGAGCACCUUUACCACCACUAUGCUUCACUUUGUGUUGAGCGCCAGAGGUCAGGUGCUCGCUGCUGGAACAAAGAAUUCCUCCUCUUUCUCUCUGACCCCAUCCCUGGCCUGGUCUCCUGAGGCCUGCAUCACCGUCUACUUCAUCCUCUCUGAUGGAGAGGUCGCCAGUGACACAGCACACGUACCCAUCAGCCAACACAGCCAUGUCUCUCUCCACUGGAGCAGAGAGGAGGCUCGGCCAGGUGAGCAAGUUUCACUCUCCGUCACCGCUGUUGAACCCAGGUCUCAUGUAGGAAUUGCGGUUAUGGGGAUGCAUGACGACAACACUCCAGAGGAUGACCUGGACUUUAAAGUGAAGCAGGAAUGCCAUAUUUGGAUGCUGACCAAUGCCACACUGUACAAGCAAAAGCAACCUGAUGGACCUCAGAAUGGCGACGUCCUAUUGGUGGAGAAGUACUGCAACCACUGGAUGGACGCCACGGAAUGCUUGCUUUGGUUAGACACUAUUGUCAGUGAUACAAAUUGGACGAGUGUGAAAAUCACAGUGCCAGAUGGUGUUACUGCUUUAGGAGCUGUAGCCCUGGUCAUGUCAGACGAUCUGGGUUUGGACUUCACUCCUGUGCCACUAAAGAUGAGUGUGUCCAAGGAUUUCUCCUUGUCUCUGAAUGUCCCAUCGUACCUCAUCAGGGGAGAGGAGAUAGUGCUCCAGGUCGACAUCAUCAACCAUUUAGACCAGGACUUGGAGGUGAUCGUGCUGCUUGCACAGAGUGCCGCCUUCAAGUUUGUUCUGGGAGAUCGAGGCGAUGUCUCCGUGGUAAAUGCCCAGAGACUCACCUUAGGGAGUCAUGCCUCUGCUCCAGCCUGGUUCCCCAUCAGGCCAGUAGCUCUGGGUGAGAUUGAAAUAUCUGUGGACGUCGUAUCUGCAGAGGCCUCAGACAGCCUGGUCUGGACAGUGCAUGUGAAGCCUGAGGGAGUCGAACAAUCGUACUCACGGACCCUGUUCCUGGAGCUGGCACCAGAGAGGCACAACGACUCCAGAUCCGUCUCCUUCUCAUUCCCACCAGAUGUGGUGCCGGGCAGCCAGAGGGCCAAUGUGGCACUGGUUGGGGAUCUCUUGGCCCUGUCCUUCAGUAACCUGGAAUCUCUGGUGCAGCUGCCUCAGGGCUGUGGGGAGCAGAACAUGAUCCACUUUGCUCCGAGCGUUUAUGUUCUCCAGUACCUGAACAAGUCAACUCUGAAUGAUGAGGAGAUCAGGAAACGGGCUCUGGGUUACAUGAUCGAGGGUUAUCACCGACAACUGUCCUUCCAACGUGAAGAUGGAUCCUUCGCUGCUUUUGGUGACAGCGACACCUCUGGGAGCACAUGGCUGACCGCCUUCGUGCUGCGGUGCUUCCUCCAAGCUCAGCCCUACAUGCAGGUAGACAACAGUGUCCUGACUCGAGCCAUUACUUGGCUCUUGGAGCAGCAGGGGCCUCAGGGAGAGUUCAGAGAGGUGGGCAGGUUGAUCCACACGGAGAUGCAGGGCGGACUGGACAACAGUUCCGUGGCGCUCACCGCUUAUGUUCUGAUUGCGCUGCUGCAAGAUGAGACCUACGCGGAAAUGUACAAAACCAACGUAUCCCUGGCCACGAGGUACCUGGAGAACAAAGUGUCCAGUGGGGUGUUCAGUAACUACAGCCUGUGUCUGGUGACAUACGCUUUAGCUCUGGCCAACAGUCAGACGGCUGCCACUGCUCUGUCCCAGCUCACCAGCAGAGCCGACUACACAGAUGGAGUUAUGAUGUGGGCGUCCUCUGCUGGCCUGAACUCUCGUGACUGGCAGCCGUACUCAGCGCAGAUCGAGAUGGCCUCUUACGUGCUGCUGGUUCUUUUCAAGCGUGCCAGCCUCCUCGAGGGCUUUGCACUCCUGAAGUGGUUGAGUAAGCAGAGGAAUCAUCUGGGAGGCUUCGGGUCGACACAGGACACGGUGGUCAGCGUCCAGGCCCUUUCUUACUACGCAGCAUUCAGCGGAGCCAACGCCAUUGACCUCAGACUAAACGUAUCCGCUCCAGCAUCUUCGUUCGGUUCUCUGUUUAGCAUCAACUCUACGACUUUUCGGAUGUAUCAAACCCAAGAGAUUAACGCCGACCAGGAUCUAAACAUGAACAUAUACAUGGAGGGAAGAGGAUUUGCCAUAUUUCAGAUGAAUGUCUUUUACAACGUGAGGAGCUCAGCGUUUUCCCAGGACGUCAGACUCGCCUCAGACGAAGAGGCGUUCUCAUUACAUGUUGACGUUGCUGAGGACAAGGAGCACAAUCACAUGCAGCUGUCUAUAUGCAUGAGGUUAAAGGAGAGUCAGGUGAUAUCUCAGACCGGUAUGGUCAUACUGGAGGUGGGCAUGCUCAGUGGUUUCAGGCUGUCUCCUGGAGCCGCUGCCCAGACUGAUCUCAUCAGGAAGAUGGAGAUACUGCCUGAGAAGAUCAGCUUCUACAUGGAUUCACUCAACAAGUCAGAGGUCUGCAUCGGACUUCCAGUUAUCAGAAACCACAAAGUGGCCCAUGUGCAGGACGCUGUGGUGCUGGUUUACGACUACUAUGAACCUCAGAGAAAAGCAGUACGAAUGUACAACUCUGUCUUUCUUCACAACAUGGAAUCCUGCUUCUUCUGUGGUUCGGACUGUGAUCUCUGCAGACCUGGAAUCACAGUGACAGUUUCCUCCGCCCCCCUCUUGUCUCGCUCGGUAAACAGCACCACCUACAGCUUGAGUUGCAUAUUUCUUGGAGUCAUUGCUUACCUUUCAUUGUAG